CACGGCUGCCUCUGUCUUUUGUCGGCCGUGACAACGUGUUUGUGACCGGAACCUUUGUGACGCUAUGUGGACAGAAUGCCGAGCCGAGAAGAAUAGAGCGUUGCGCUGUACGGCCAUAGGGGGAACGGAUUUUCUUUGCUUCGAAUUCGCAAGCAAAGAUGUUGCCUUCCCUUCAGGAGUCCGUAGACGGAGAUGAGAGAGAGCUGGAGAGCAGCGAGGAAGGAGGCGGCUUGCCUGAGGAACCGAAACCGGAGCGUAGCAGCAACAGUUACCACUGCUUGUACGGCUACCGAGGCUCCGGAUUACACCAAGGAACAGGCAGUGAUGUUGGGAGUCCAAGCAAAUCGUCAGCUGAAACACCUUCAGAUGACUUCAGCCUUUCAUUGGUGGACACUAAUUUACCAGCUGAAGCUGAGAUGGAAUUGCGCAGUUUGGUUGCCAAGCAUCUUAACAAAGGAGCUUUGUUUGAGGGGAUGGGCAAUGUUGUAACUGUCGAGUUGAGUAUUCCAGAAACUCGAGUUGGUUGUUAUUACUGCCUGUUCCAGCCAGAAAAAUGUGCGGAAGGAGCUGAUCCUGAAUCGAGAGAGACUCCCUUGGAGUAUGUUAUCUGUUUUUUGGGAGGCUCAGAGAAGGGACUUGAACUAUUCAGACUUGAGCUUGAUGGAUACAUUCAAGAUAUGAAGACUUAUUUAGAUUCAAAGCAAAACAACCUGGAGACCUGCAUUCAACCGCUACUGAGAACUUGGUUUGAGGAUUUGGUGUGCCCUAUUCAGAGGGUGGUGAAGCUUUUCCAGGAGAAACUUGCCUUUGUGUUACACGCCGCUCUAAGUUGCAGUCCUGUUGAAGUGAAUGGAUCUGAAGAAAAGACAGAGAAGGAUAUCAACAGGUUCCUUCGAGCAGCAAGUCUUCAAGAUCUGGUCAGGGAAACUAUGGUGACUUCCUCGUGCACAGCUGCAGCACCAGAGGAGCAGUGCAAAUCUAUGGUGAUUGACUUGAAUGGGCCACAGCUUUGCUUCCACAGUGCAGGAACGAAUAGGUUCUGUGAGGAUUGGACACAAGCAUUUCUGAACGUUUCCGAAGGGGGCAAUCCCUUCCUUUUUCGACAAAUACUGGAAAACUUUAAAUUGAAGGCCAUACAGGACAUCAACAACCUGAAGCGGUUCAUCCGGCAGGCAGAAAUGAGCCAUUACGCUUUGUUCAAGUGCUACCUGUUUCUGAAGAACUGCGGCAGCGGAGAUGUGCUCUUGAAGAUUGUCAAAGUAGAAUAUGCAGAAAUGCAGGAAGCCAGGAAUGUCAUCAGCGUGCUGGAAGAAUUCAUGAGAGACCAGCUUGGAGCUUAAAUCCUCGUGAACUGAGGGUGGCUUGUACAGUACCAAAUCGGCGUGCCUCCAUGUAGGAUCACAGUGCUUGAGCAUGUAGGCCAUUGUUGUGUUAAAUCAUGUGUUACUUACCAUGGAGAGCUGCACUCGGCCCCAGCUCCUCACAGACAUGUGGUCCAACAAGAAAACCUCUCCCAUAGCAUCUUCUGUGAGGUUGAGUUAAAUUGGUAUUUGUUGGCAUGGGAACGAGCUGAAUAUUCAAGUGUUCACUCUCCUCCCUGCUUUCUCUUUUCUGUCUGGCUUGCAAAACCACCGUCCCUUGGUAUCCAAAGUGGUUUUAGGCUUUCCUUAUAAACCACAGUCAAAAGCAGGAUCAAUCCAUAGUUUGCAAUCCCUACAUGUUAGGCCGCAACUUUCAGUAAGAGCCAGCUGCUAUAGACGAAGAACAAUGGGGUUGAUCUAGACUUCAGCACAGUGUGGAUCCAGGCUAUACUUCCUGGAGAUAAAAUAAGGGUUAAGUGGUUUUGUCACCACUAGUCACUUGGGUGGAAGGAGGUGUCAGUGUAGCUGUCCAAAUGGGUUUUGAGUGGAUACAUGUACAGAUCUUGGCUAGCUAAAAGCAGCAUAGUUGCACGUCUGGAUCAAGCAUAUGGAUUUGCUCCCAUUCUCUCUUGCUGUCAUAGACACAUAUACACACACAAACAUACAAAUCUCAUCCCAGCAAGAAGCUAUUUACCUUAAAGCAGGGCAGUUGAGCCUGGAGCGCCAAAUAAAUUUACACAUUGGUCAAAUGAAUUAUUAUUAAUUAUUUAUAUUUGUACUUGUAAAACCUGACCCCAUUUUUACAAGUUGUAGAUAAUGGGGUUUUGGUGAGGUAUGCUUAUAUCAACCACUCACUGGGUGGGGGAGGGGGGGAAGAAAGCUGAGCAGUACAUCCGAAAUAAAAUCUAUGCACAAAAUUGUUCGUGGAAAACUAUACUUAACGUACACAAUAGAAAAAUAUUUUGACAUUUCUUACAUCAUGCUGCUUUGCACGUCCACUCUUUGCUUGAAUAGCCCUUGAUGGGAAAAGCCUGCUCUAUUCAGCAUAUUUUUAAGGCAGAAUCACUUCGUUUGGUGCUAUAACAAUAAGCCAUGGAGGAAGAUAUUAACUAUGUAGGAAUAUAAAAGUUCGUACUUUCUUGCAUUUGCUAAUUCAGUGUACAUUGUGAGGCAGUGGAAUCGACACGGUGACUAAUAAUGAGUAUUAAAUUUGGCGAACAUUGAUGUAUUUUUGCUGCAUAAAUUCAAUCUGUAAAAUUCUGUGAGCUCCGAUUUGCAUUCUGUUUGGAGAUCUUGGAGAGGCUCAGAAAGCUUUCUUUAAUGCGGAACUGUUGAGUAAUUAGGGUAUUAAAUGCGUUCACCUUCAAGCAA